AUGACUCGCAGGCGUUUCCUGGUUGACACCGGAGCCCAGAUCAGCGUGGUUCCCCCCACUCCAUUUGACCGUCGUUGUCCCAGUCCUGGUCUACAUCUCCAAGCUGCAAACUGUUCCCCCAUUUCCACUUUUGGUAGUCGUUCCCUAACGCUAAACAUUGGUUUACGUCAAUCAUUCUCCUGGAUAUUUGUGAUUGCCGAUGUGCCUCAUGCGAUCCUUGGUUCCGACUUCCUAGCUGAGUUUGAUCUCCUUGUUGACUGUCGGCGUUCCUGUCUCCUCGACCGCACAACUGGUCUUUCUGUCCGCGGUCUUACACCCUUUAACGACUCCUGCAAUUUAUCUGUUCUGGACACAGGUAUUGCUUGCCCAUACCGAGACCUGCUCCUCCAACACCCCAACAUAAUCAAACUCCAGUUUCGCAGUGGUGAGAUCCAGCAUGACGUUGUCCACCACAUUCGCACCUCUGGUCCCCCAGUAUUCGCACGGCCUAGACGACUGGCUCCGUCCCGUCCGCAAGCGGCGAAGGCCGAAUUUGAGCACAUGCUGCAACUGGGCAUAAUUCGGCCGUCCGAGAGUCCAUGGGCGUCCCCUCUGCAUAUGGUGCCCAAGGCGACAUCAGACGACUGGCGGCCCUGUGGUGACUAUCGCGCCCUCAACAAUGCGACCAUCCCGGAUCGUUAUCCCGUCCCUCAUCUUCAAGAUUUUGCUGGAGCUCUUUUCGGCAAAUCGGUUUUCUCGAAGAUUGACCUUGUUCGGGCCUUCCAUCAGAUUCCUGUCGCUCAUGAGGAUGUUCCCAAAACUGCCGUCACCACACCAUCCGGCCUGUUCGACUUUAUUCGCAUGCCAUUUGGUCUUCGCAAUGCUGCCCAAACAUUUCAGAGGUUCAUUGACCGAGUCCUACGUGGUCUCCCGUUUGUGUACGCCUACACCGAUGACCUCUUGGUGGCCAGUCGAAAUGCCGAGGAACGCAAAGAGAAUCUUGCCUCAGUGUUUGACCGCCUCGAUCAGUUUGGCGUGGUCACUAACCCUUCGAAGUGUGUUCUGGGUGUGCCGUCCCUUGAUUUUCUUGGUCACCAUGUCGAUGUACAAGGUUUGCGUCCCCUCUCUUCCAAGGUUGAGGCCAUUCGUGACUUUCCUUCACCAACCUCCAAGCGUCAGUUGCAACGUUUCCUUGGCAUGGUAAACUUUUAUCGCCGGUUCCUACCGAACUGUGCCGACCUUAUGCUGCCACUCACCAACUUGCUCUCUGGUCCCAAGGGUCCCCUUGAGUUACGUGGCCACGCGCUGACUGCUUCUGAGAGAAUAAAGACCUCCCUUGCUGAUGCUACCUUGCUCACUCAUCCUGCUCCAGAAGCCCCAUUGUCCCUGAUGGUUGAUGCUUCGACCGUUGCCGUAGGAGCAGUCCUCCAAUAG